AUGGCGGACCCUCCGUCUCUCCACGACUUCCUUCCUCGCCACCUUAGCUCCGGCUCCAACCCACGAAUCACGGCGUCAAACAAGAGGCACUCGACGUCUUCCUCCGCCAUCGCCGGCAGAACGGGACUGUCGCCCCCGUGCCCGAGUCACCACAGAAUAUUCUCGUGUCAGUACUGUCCUCGCAAGUUCUACUCAUCUCAAGCUCUCGGCGGUCAUCAAAACGCUCACAAACGUGAACGCGCCGCCGCUCGCCGAAACCUCGGCAACGGUACUUUCCCUGUCCCAUCCGCCCAGAUCCCCAUCUUCCACCGCCGCAACGGCAUCCACAACUCGAACGAAGGCUACAAACCCAGCUUGGUUCACCCAGUUCCGUAUUUUUACCAUAACCCUCAAGCUUUCUUGGAGAUGGGCUCUAGCUCAGCAGCCAUGCUGGAAAAUAGUGGUUCCGCGUUUCAGGGGCCAUGGGAGGAGCUGGGUCAGCAAUCGACGGGAGGUCAGCACUACGUGGAAUCCCAAUCUCGGAUGGAAGGAUCGGGUCGUCCUUACGGGUAUGGGUACGGAUACGCGUUGUCGUCGCUUGAUGAUAGUAUGGGAGAAGACGAUUCUCUGGAUCUCUCUCUUCGUUUGUGA